AGAACAUGUGCCGGAGGCGGACCUAUAUUUUAUUCCCCGCCCCCCUUAACCCGUUAGGGAGGGGAGAGGUUAAGAUGCGUUCUUUAAAGAGCCGCCUCCAAUCGGAUGCUUCCAAAGAACCGCGUGACCAAAACUCGGCCCAAUCAGAAUUUUCUCGCUUCCGAUUCAAACUUUUGCCUGGAAGGGGUGCUGUAGCUUGUGCGCCGGUCGCCGUGGAAACAGGCCGCUGUUAUGAGUGUCGCUGUGUCGUGGCGGCCCAUGGAACCCCGACUUGUGGGGCCUGGGCCCUAUCGGGCGACUCGGCUGUGGAAUGAGACUAUUGAGCACUUUCGAGGUGGGAUGCCAUUACGCAAGCAUCGUUGUCACUUCAAAAGCUAUGAGCAUUGCUUCACCGCUUCAGAAGCCGUGGAUUGGCUACACAGUCUGCUAAGGCACAACCAGAAUUUUAGCCCAGAAGUAACUCGUACUCAAACCGUUCAGCUCCUUAAAAAGUUCCUGAAGAAUCAUGUUAUUGAAGAUAUCAAAGGGAGAUGGGGCAAAGAAGAUUUUGAGGACAACAGUCACUUAUAUAGGUUUCCUCCCUUCUCACCAUUGAAACCAUAUCCUAAACGAUCUUCAUACCGAAAAGAAAUUGUUAAAUUUCCAAACUGGAAUGACCUUGAAAGAGAUAGUUUCCAGGAACACAUUCCAGUGAAACCCAUUGUCUUGAAUUCUGAAAUGUGGUUCAAACGUCACAGUAUAGCAAUUGGAGAAGUACCGACAUGCAGACUUGUUCACCGCCGUCAAUUAUCGGAGGCAAAUCUAGAAGAGAUAUGGAAAUCCAUGACAUUGUCACACUUGCAAAAAGUGUUAGGCUUGGAUUCUUUGGAUGACAUGCUGGACACUAAACUUGUGAAUCCAAAGCACAUAAUCCAGAAUGUAUAUCAUGUCAACAAGCAGGGAGUUGUCAUUUUGGAAGAUAAAUCAAAGGAGCUGCCUCACUGGGUGCUGUCGGCAAUGAAGUGUCUGGCAAACUGGCCCAGGUAUCCAGAUGUGAAACAGCCGACUUACUCAGGAUUUGAAAGAGAUGUCUUCAGAACCAUAGCAGAUUACUAUGGCCAUAUGAAAGAGCCUCUUCUAACAUUUCAGUUUUUUGAUGUCUUUGUCAGUGUGCUAGGUCUUCAACAGAAAGAGAAACUGGCCAUUGAAGCACUACAAGUUUGCUGCAUCCUUUUGCCACCGGAAAAUCGUCGAAAACUACAUCUACUGAUGACUAUGAUGGCUAGAAUCAGCGUAAAUAAGGAUCUGCCCCCUCUCUGCGAUGCAGUAGGCACAAGAAUACUGAUGGUUCAAGCUUUUUCUCGCUGUAUUCUUUGUUCCAAGGAUGAAGUGGACUUAAAUGAGCUACUAGCUACUAAACUAGUGUCAUUCUUGAUGGACAACUAUCAAGAGAUCUUAAAUAUUCCUUCUGCUUUGAGAGCUGCAGUAGAGGAUCGCAUAGCUCAUCUCCAAAGGGUCCAGAUAAAAUAUCCUGGAGCUGAUACUGAUACAACUCUGCCGGCUCCAUCAUUCUGUCACCAAAUCAGCACUGAUGAAUUUGAACAUCAAAGAACCAACAGCUGUCAAGAACCACUGGUGGGUUUAUUGGAAGAAAUAAUAACGGAUACAAAAACCUCCAUCAAAGAAAAGAAGAAGAAGUUGAAACGGUUCCAGAAAUCUUAUCCUGAUGUCUACAAGAAGCGAUUUCCUACUUCUGAAAGUGAAGCAGUUUUGUUUCCAGAAAAGAGUAAACAGAAACCAACACUGUUGGCGUGGGCAUUGAAAAGGCCUUUCCAACCAUUUCAAAGAACAAGAAGUUUUCGGAUGUAAGGCUAUGAAUGAACCACAUCUUGAUAAUGAUCAAAUUUGUACAACAGGAAUAGCUGGAAAUCCUGAAAUUACUGAAAUGUCUUUAAACGGGGAAGAGAAUUGGGGCAGCAAACUGCUAUGCUGAGCCAUUGUCAGUAUUUUAUUUUUUUUAAUCUAUUGUCUUUUUUUAAAAACCCCCACACAAAGUCAAGGUUGGCUAACGGCAUGUAAUAACUACUGCUUUGAUUGUCAUUUUAUGAGUUGGAAAAGUGUUAGCCUUAAGAGAAGGGUAAACUGUGUAUGCUAAGCACUGUUGAACUUCUGAAGGGUGUAUAAAUACUUGAAUGAACUUGAAACACUGGAUCUUGUUCUGCCUGGCUCUCUGUAGAUCAGAUAGCCAGCUAAAUGUUGUACAACUGAUUUCAACAAGGGGCAGAAAGCUUCUCUUCUCAGUUACGUGCCUGAGACUGAACAUUGGCCGACAUCCAGAGCAGCAUAAUGCAUGGAGGAGAAAGUUGCGCUAGCGCCAAGCUGUUGCUCUAGUUCAGUGAUCUUUACUAUUUUUCAAGCUGGGGCCACAUUGAAAAACCCUUCAGUAGGAUAUCCAUUUCCCACCAUACUGCCCUCCCAGGCAGUGCUGUGCUUUCUCCAAGGCCAGUGGGGCUCCUUUAAAGAAAGUGUCUAUUGAGCCUCCAUACCAUCUUGGAAGGCAUGCGUGGAGUAUUGGGGAGUGUAGUCCUCCACAUCCUUUCCCCAUAGAAUUGUAUGAGAGAAGCGUUGAGAAGAACUACCCUUCCUAGUGCUCUGUGCGCUCCUUCCAGGAUGGUGCUGGGCCUCAACAGGGCUCCUUUUGUCUUAGGAGCCUCACUGGCACUCAGCAAGGCACAGCACUGCUUGUACAGGCCUAAUAUACAAUUCAUCAGAGAGCUGCACUGGGGUGUGCACGGAACUGGCUGGCCCGGUUAGAAUCUGGACCGGGCCAGUUCGGUCCGGCACCCCCGCAAACCCCCAUCCUGAUUUAGUUCGGUUCGGGGGGCGGGGGUCAUGAUUUUUAUUUUUGUAAAUCUUUUUUUAAAAAAAAACUUACCCUCUCCAAGGGACUUGCACUAGGUGAUGGUAGGUCCGCGGGGUUUCCCCCUUCCCCCCGCCAGUCUCCUUGCCUCCCCAACAGGCCUGUUUGGCUAGCCGUCCCCCUCUGGCAUGGCAGCCAUUCUGGCGGCCGCUGUGCCUGUGCGAUCAGCCUCUGCAUGGCAGGCCAUUUUGGAGGCCGGUUGUGCAGGCGCUGCGGCCUCCAAAAUGGCCACCACGCCGGAGGGGGAAGGCCGACCAAACGGUUUGGGAAGCAAAGAGGCCAAUGGGGGGAAGGGGAACCCCUGCAGACCCACAACCACCACCUAGAGCAAAUCCCCCGGAGAGGGUAAGUUCUAAAAAAAAUUUUUUUUUAAAUUUACAACAUACUAAAAAAAUAAAUAAAUCUGCAAACAGCCGGGGGGCAAUUCAGUCCAGGGUCGGACCGAACAGGGGAUGGUUCAGUUCAACCAUGAACAGUCAAACUGAACAGGUUCAGCAUUGAACACAUUAGACGUCGAACCUGUUUGUACAUCACUAAGCUGCACUCACAGUUGUUGGGAGCUGCCAUUGGCUCCCAGGCCUCGCAAAGAAGAAUGCUGCUCUAGCUGGUUGCACUAAGUCUGGACAUUGCCUUCCAGACUAGUUCUGCACAACUACAAGACUGCUUGCUGUUGUAUAACAGUUGUGCAUCUGCAGCAUGCCUCGUUUGGGAACAUUUGCACAAUAGUGCUAUGGCACAAUUCUGCAAAUCUCAAUUUUUAGCGCAACAAAGCCACAUUCUUGCCCUAGCUCAACUGUGCUCAUUCCGCAUGCAGUUCAUUCCUCUGGAUGUCAGCCACUCAUUUCAGAAAGGGACUUUGAAAUGCACAUGUUCAGCCUGUGGUCUUGAGUAUAUAUUGCCACACCACUUGUGGAGAUAUAUUUUGGUUUGUGGGGUAGAUAGAAAAAAUGUAUUCUGGUGUUUCCUGUCUUGCAUACUUGCAUGCGUGUGUGUAUGAAUUGUUUGUCACAGCCUGGAGUGUGUGCCUGGAUUGCUUUAUCUGUUGAGAGCUGUGCAUUAUCUCUUGUGCAUGUAGGCUUCUGUAGAUAUUGUUUGGGGUGGGGAGGGGAGUAAGAAGAUCGCCCACUUGGAGCUAUUCUGUUGCAGGUGCUUUCGGUAUUUGCCUUCUGCAGCGGAGUGUAACAGAGCAGAAAUUUUGGCUUGUUAUUGAACAAAGUUACUAAGGUUUAUUACUUAACUAUUACCAGAUUAUAAACAACAGUUGUACUCUGAGUGAAAGAUCAUCCUAACAGAAAAAUAAUAGUUUCAAGCAUCCCGUAAGAAAUACAAACUGACCAAUCAGUCUACAGCACUGAUAAUUGACACGAACAUUAUAAACACUUGCACAAGCAUGCAGAUAUGCAUAUAAUACAUCAGAGGCAAGAACAAAGACCAUGUAGAUACAUGCACAUAAAUCCCAAAACCUUCCAGUCCUGCAUUUGCUGCAGAGAACCCAAGGCUACAAUAUAAUCUGAUUGUGAUGCUGCUGAUUCUGCCUCUUUUCCACCUCCCUUUUGUCCCCACUAGAAUAUCUGUUGUUAUUGAUACUGCCGGGAGAACAUGACUGAGUGAUAGGCUCAGGUUCCUUAGUGCCCCUGACACUACUGAUGCCAAGAAAUGCAAUUACUGUACUAUUGUAACUACUUUAUCCUGCCCUUUCUCCAAGGAAGUCAGGGCAGGGUUCAUACCACUACAGAAACUUGCAUUGUGGGUGUUUAAGCUGCAUGUGAUGGGUCUUUCCCCCCUUAUAAAAGUAGAGGUACUGUAUAUAGGAUGCAAUCAUAAUGAAAGGUGAGGCACAAGAUUUGGGCAAUGUGACUGCUGUGCAGAAUAGAUUUUGGACUGUAAAUGUAUGUUUUGCACGUACCCAAAUUGCCAUGUCUAAAACAUUUCAGGCAAUAAAUCUUUCAUGGUUUUCA